AAAAAAUAGAAGAAAAGAAAAGGGCAGUAGUAGCUAAAUCUCUCCCCAACUGUUUCUUUUUCUUUUUAUCGACCCAUACAAAAAGAGAAAAAAAAAAAAAACCAACUGAACAAUCUCUGGGUCGUCUUCCUCUUCUUCGGCUGGGUGUCUCUGGUAGAAAAGGAAAAGGGCGGAGAAUCGAGACAGCAAAGGCAUCAAUGCCAGCCCAGAAGCGGUCAUUGCCAGAGAAUCUCGACGAUGAAGAGUCCAGCCUUCAUCACCAAAGCCUCUCCAAGCAAUCUCGAAACGAAGAAGACCAACACAAACCUGAAGAUGAGACAACGCAACUGGAAGAAGAACAAGAGCCCGAGCCAGAGCAAGAGCAAGAACAACAACAAUAUCAUAAACACGACCCAGAUGACGAAAACCACCAAGUACAACUCCAAGGCGACAACGAAGAUGAAGAUGAAGAAGAUGAAGAUGAUUCUGAUGGAAGCCAAUCUUCUACUUCUCAAGAGAAACCCGAAUUUGUCUUUGUGGAACUUCCAGAAAUUCGCAAAGAUGUUCAAUGUCCAAUUUGUUUAGGAAUCAUAAAGAAAACAAGAACUGUAAUGGAAUGUCUGCAUCGUUUUUGCAGAGAAUGCAUUGACAAAUCAAUGCGACUGGGGAACAAUGAGUGUCCGGCUUGCCGUACACAUUGUGCAAGUCGACGUUCUCUCAGAGAUGAUCCAAACUAUGAUGCAUUAAUUGCAGCUUUAUAUCCAGAUAUUGAUAAGUAUGAAGAGGAGGAAUUGGCUUUUCAUGAAGAAGAAAGGACUCGCAAUAAGCAGAUUCAAGCAUCAAUUGCCCAAAUAUUUCAGAGACAAUCAGAAGCACUCGUUAAACGACGUAGUCUUGGUAAAGAGAGCACAGGUGGCUUUAUGACUAGGUCACAACGCAAUCAUCGGAGUACUCAUCCACGUAGGAGACGGAACUCUCGAGGGGCUGAGCAUCAAGGAUCUGAAGACAAUGAGGAUGAAAAUGAUGACAAUGGAGGCAGAGAUUCAUCUUCCACUGAUGAGCGCUGCACAGAAGUGAGGCAGAGAAGGCGCAAAAGACGGGCUGGAAUUCGGCCAUCCCAGCCUUCUUCAUCAGUGGUAAACUCAGAUGGUGGCUGUGUUGAAAAUGAUACAGAGGUGUCUAGAGACAGCAGAGGAAUUUCUCCUGGGCUUGUCUGGAACACAGACAAGCUUGCUUGGGGGGCAGGUGGUGCUCGGAGUCACACUCGACAUGGAAAUUCUGGCGGUGGCAGUGGCAAGAGUUCUCGUGCUCGCUUAAGCAGACUGGUAGAGUACCUGCGGAGCUUGGAGGAAAGCAAUGAUGAGUUGGAUGUUCAUCUCAAGCUUAUAUCUGUGGAUGAACACAGUACAUCCAGUUUGCAGCAACCCUACCUUUGUUGUCGGCCCAGUCUGUCAGUUAAGCAGCUAUGCGAAUACAUUGCUCUCCAGACACCAUUGCGAGCUGAAGAAGUAGAAAUACUAAUGGUAAAGGGACAAUACAACACUGAUGACAACCACUCCAUCCCAACUCCUUUGACCUCAGAGGAUGCGCUACAAAUUUUGGAAGGUCAAGAAACUUUGGCAGGGCUCAAAGUCAAGAGCAGUUCUGGAAGAAAUCAUUUGAUUCUAGCAUAUCGGCAGAAGCAAACUAGCUAGCAAAUUUGUGCCAACGUUGGCUUGAUAAUUCAUAGAUGAGUUGUAUGUAAAUAUACAGAGCGAGAGGUGUCUGGUCGUUUGAUGGAAGCAUUGUUUGAGUUGCUGCCUUCUUGGGUGAAGUAGAAUUUAGGAUAAUGGAGUUGAGAUUUCCGAGGAUGGUAGAAGUAACAGUUUUAUUAUUAUGUAUAGGAAAAUUUAGUUUAAAUUGUUUGAUGAUAAAACAAAAAGGGAACAGUAACUGUCUUCAGAUUGCUAACACGGGCUAUAUACAUGUUUCCAUACAAUUUGCUUAACCUGCUUUGAUUGUGAGAUAUAUCUCUUUCAACAA